AUGGCUGUUAUCCUCGCCAUCGCAUUCCUAAAUUGGAGCGCCUCCCUGAGCUGGGUCUUUUGGGUUCAAUUGUACUGUCAGAACUGUCUCUUGCUCACGCCUGCGAAGACUAUGAUCCGGUUCAUUCCAAUGUUCAUUGUCGGCUGUUUGUGCAACUUUUUCAUUGCAAUGCUCAUUGCCAGAUUGCCCUUGGUCAUCUUUGCAGUCAGCGGAACGCUACUGACAGCAUUUGCCGGCAUUUUGUUUGCGCUGAUUGACCCGUCCGCAACGUACUGGGCCUUUGGAUUCCCAUCCGCGGUUCUCGUUGUGUUUGGCUGCGAUUUUGUGUACGCCUCUGGUACGAUUUUCAUCGCCAAAAUCGCGCUUCACCAUGAGCAAAGUGUUGCCGGAGCGCUAUUCCAAACUAUGACACAGCUCGGCACUGCAUUCGGUGUUGCUAUAUCCACGAUCGUGUUCAACACUGCUGCGCUGCUGGCAGCGCUUUUCCUCUGGAAUAUGGGGAUUGUUGGAGACGAGAAAAUUAUCAGGCAUACUGACUCUGAUCAGAUCAAGACGGUGCUGCCUGGGUCGGAUGACUCCAAGAUACCCGCCAUAUCCGCCUAA